GACAGAUCGCAAGUGACAUCUGACCAUCCCGAAAAAUGGGUAUAUUUACAAAUGAUCCAACCGACGACGUGAUCGUAUCCGCUUCUUUCCUCGAGACCAACCCUUUCGGCCUCGUCGUUAAUGGCGAGAAUACCGGACUACUUCUACAUCUCCAAAAUGCUGGCAGGAAGAAUUAUACUUUAUUGUCUGCCGGGGCGAGUUAUCAUGAUCCCCUGAAUUACUGGACAUUGACGAGAAACGCUUCGACUUUACGAUACAACAUCCCUCUUCUUUCUGGAACUAACUUCUCCGCGCCCUUCUCCUUGUAUUCCGAACAAAAGCCACAAGAGGUCGGGUUGACAGUAUGGAUCAAUGUUGCCGAACAAACCCCCCAACCGUCUCUUUACACCUUAACAGCUCUCAAUCAAACCGUAUCCGUCGUUGAAACCCAAGCGAAGUGGUACGAUCCCCAAACCCUUUUCCUCUACUUAGUUCUUAUCUCCUUCCUCGGCGCCGGAGCCUGGUUGGCGUACAAUACCUUCUUCCCCACCCUCGCCAAACGGGGAAACAAAAAGACAAAAGCUGUCAAAGCGGUGGUUCCCGCUUCGCCUGGAAAGGCGUAUCCUGAUGUCAAACCUUACGAAGAAGAGUGGAUCCCCGUGCAACAAUUGAAGAGUCGAGCUAGCAAGUUGAAGAAAAGUGGUCAGGAUGGGGAAGCAACGAGCGGAGGUGAAGCGACUAGUGGGGCCGAGUUAAGUGGGGAGAAGGCGAGAAAGAGGAAGGGUAAAAAAUAGGCAUGGGAAUCGCCAUGCAACGUGUUAUCUGCAUUC